AUGGAUCUUUUUUCUCUCUUUUUUCAGAUCGUGAAUAUGAGCAGCCAAGUAACCACCUAUGAUUAUUUGGUUAUUGGAGGUGGGUCCGGCGGAAUUGCCAGUGCACGUCGAGCUCGUGAAUUUGGCGUAUCUGUGGGAUUAAUCGAGUCUAAACGGCUUGGCGGCACAUGUGUCAAUGUAGGCUGUGUACCGAAAAAGGUGAUGUAUAAUUGUUCUUUACACGCAGAAUUCAUUAGAGAUCAUGCGGACUAUGGUUACGACGUUACCUAUAAUGGCUUUAACUGGAAAACCAUAAAGGAAAGGCGAGAUGCAUACGUUAGGAGGUUAAAUUCUAUCUACAAAACCAAUUUGGAACAGUCAAAGGUCGAUUUAAUCGUUGGCAAGGGUGCAUUCCAAAAGGGUGGAAACGUUGAAGUCAAUGGGAAACUUUACAAAGGAAAGCACACCUUAAUCGCUGUUGGUGGGUAUCCAUUAAUCCCUCUUGACAUUCCUGGAGCUGAGUUUGGCAUCGAUAGCGAUGGGUUUUUUGAAUUGGAUCAUUUACCUAAGAGCACUGUAAUUGUUGGAGCUGGUUAUAUAGCUGUGGAGUUGGCUGGUAUGUUAGGUAACUUAGGUUCCGAAACUCAUUUACUGAUCAGGAAAGAUAAUGUCCUUAGAACUUUUGACCAAACUUUGUCUCACGCUUUAACGGAAGCUAUUGAUGCUGGUCCUGUCCACCUUCAUCGGAGAACGGAGGUUACCAGUGUUGAAAAACAGGCGGACGGAUUGCUAACUGUUAAAGCAGGCAAAACAAUAUUGCGAGACAUAGAGGUCCUUAUAUGGGCUAUCGGAAGGAACCCGCAAACGGAUAAAUUGAAUCUUGAUGUAGUGGGUGUAAAAACUGACGAGAAAGGAUAUAUCGAAGUGGACGACUUUCAAAAUACAAGUGUUAGUGGCAUUUAUGCUGUUGGUGAUGUUUGUGGAAAAUUCUUGUUAACUCCAGUUGCAAUCGCGGCUGGACGCCGAUUGGCACAUCGACUGUUUAAUAUGGAGGAAAAGAAUCAUCUUGUUUAUGAAAACAUCCCAACCGUAGUUUUUAGUCAUCCACCGAUUGGUACCGUGGGAAUGACUGAAGAAGCAGCAGUCAGGAAAUAUGGCAAAGAAAACAUAACGAUAUACCAGUCUAGAUUCAAUCCGAUGUAUUACGCUGUAACUAGUCACAAAGAACCUACCAUUAUGAAAAUUAUUUGUAGUGGGGAUGAAGAAAAGGUAGUUGGGGUUCACAUCAUCGGCGCAGGAUCCGAUGAAAUGUUACAGGGAUUCGCUGUUGCUGUUACGAUGGGCGCAACAAAAAAAGAUUUCGAUUUAACGGUUGCCAUUCACCCGACCAGUGCCGAAGAGCUGGUGACAAUGCGAGGUGGUAAGAAGUCAGAGUUGGUUUUGGGUUAA